CGCGGCCACCGUCUUCCUGGCCUCUUUCACCUUCUAUUUUGCAACCAGUUCGUUCUUGAUCUCCACUAGCACCUACUCCAAACAUGGCUCUCCGUCUCAGCGUCCAUCCUCUUGCUGUCUCGGCACUCGCUUCUCAGAGCGUAGCUCCUCGGUGCAGCCAGGAGUCAAGAUGCGUGGGGCGACUAAGUGUCCUCGCAUCAGCUUCAGCGAAGCAGCCAGAGGAGCGUGCAACGCUUGUGAGUCGGCGGCACGUGUUCAUUGGAGCGGGCGCGCUCGCAGCAACUGCGACCCCCUUCUUCGCCGGGGCUCGCUACGCGUGGGCGGAGGAAGAGGAAGCGCCGGAGGUUGCGCCUGAGGUGGUGGAGGAGGCGGUGGAGCAAGUCGUGGCGGAGCCCGAGCCCCAAGCGGAUGCUGAGCCCGAGCCCGAGCCCGAGCCGGAGGCCACCCCUGAGGUGGAAGCGGAGACUGAGCCCGAAUCCGAGCCUGAGCCCGAGUCUGAGCCUGAACCUGUGCCCGAGACUGAGCCCGAAUCCGAGUCUGAACCUGAACCUGUACCCGAGCCUGAGGCGGAGGCUGAGGCAGAGACUGAAGGUGCGGGCGAAGGUGAGGGCGAGGUGGAGGUUUUUAGCUCGGACAGCGACUCUGACUCGGACUCGGACUCGGAGUACGGCGAGCUGGAGGAGCCGUCGGUGCUCAGAGCCAUUGCUGACUUUGAAGGCGCCCUCGAGGACAUGGCAGCUGCUGUUUCUGGGCCCAAUCUGGUGCAGGGAACCCAAGACGAGAUGCAAAAGAUCAUGGACGGCUUCGCCGGGUUCCUGCAGGAGCUGAAGAAGCUGGCGGAGUUGCCCUGAUCUUGACGAUGUAUGGUAUCCAUAGCGGUUUUGAGCUUGUACGGCGGAUUGCUGUGUCUCCCCUUGUAAUGUUAGUGUAUCGGGCUGAAAGUAGUGUGCUUUGUAUGCGUACAGCAUGGCAUUGUUGAGGCAGUCAGUUAUCAUUGGUGAUAUUAUCAGAAUGAAU